UAUAUAAGCAGCCCUACUUCCUGCUGUGACACACGUUGAAUAGACAGCUUAGUUCGCAGUAAACUUUGUAUUUAUUUACACUUUACGAUCCAUUUCGAUAACCAACAAAUAACAAAUCCAAAAAUCCGCCGAAAGAUGGCUCAGUGGCUGGAGCUGCUGAAGCUGGACUCGGCUCUUCAGGGCCAUGUGAGACAAGUUUAUAAGGGGAAAAUCCCUCUAGAGAUCCGCCACCAUCUCUCCCUGCUGAUUGAGAGCCAGGACUGGGACUCGGCAGCGGUGGAUGAAAAUAAAGCUUCCACUUGUUUUCGAGCUCUCCUACUGGAUCUGGAUCAACAGUGGAACCGCUCUGUCCAGGAGAACAACAUCUUAGGGGGUCCGAACUUUUCAGGGAUGAAAGACUUCUUGCUGAAAUACUUUGUGAACCAACCAAUGAACUUGGCUGUCAUCCUUUCUGAAUGCCUCAAAGAGGAAAUGAGAAUCCUGGCGUCCGCCCGUGAAGCAAAGCAUUGUGGAAGUCCAACCAUGGAGCAAAAGUGGAGAAUGUUGGCGCACAAAAUCAACGAACUACAGAAACAGACCUCGGAGGUAAAGCAGGAAAUCAAGUCACUGGAGGGCCUGUAUGAAAAUCUGGGCUUCAUUCAGAAGAACUGGCAAAGCCGAGUGGAGGGGCGAGUUGGAUUGCCUCAGUCCAAGGCUGCUGUGGAAGAGGAAUGUUGUCAACAGACACUCAUCAUCACACAAACAAAGCAGCUGGUGCUGCAGCAGGUAGGGAACAUUUUAAAUCAGGCAGAGCAGACUAUAGUGACCCUUGUCGAUGUGGAGCUAACUGAAUGGAAGCGCAGACAGCAGAAGGCCUGCAUUGGAAGUCCUGUUGACACUUCUCUGGACCAUCUGGAGAAGAUGUUCACGGCUGUGGCAGAAGUUCUGGUGCAGAUACCCAAACAGCUGCAGAAGCUGCAAGACCUGAUCGGGAAAUACAACAGCACAGAUUCCUCCAACCUCACUGGUCAAAUGGCGGAAAUCAAGAGUUUUUCUUUGUCCUUGCUCAAAAAACUGCUUUCAAAUGCUCUAGUGGUUGAGAAACAGCCUGUGAUGGCGAGUUUACCACAACGACCCCUGAUAAUUAAGACCGGGGUGCGCUUUGCAGUAUCAGUGAGGUUUUUAGCAAACCUCACAGAAUUCAUCCAGAAGUGCUCACUUAAAGUCACACCUUCAUUUGACAAGGAUGUUGAAGAGGCCAAGACGCUUAAAGGGUUCCGUCAGUUUGACUUUGACAGCAACGGCUACAAGUUCAUGGACGUGCACCCAGCUGGUGGAGGAUUGGAGGCAGAAUUUGGACACAUGUUACUCAAAGAAAGGAAAGGAAAGGGCAAAGGAUCACAAGAGACCAAAGUGGUGGAUAGACCGGCAGGCAAAAGGAAAAGAAACCAGAGUGAAGAAGAUCAGCGCCAUCUGACAGUCUUUGAAGAGCUCCACAUCAUUAAGUUUGUGAUAGCGUUUAAGCACCCUGGACUGGAGUGUGACAUCGAGACCAGCUCCCUGCCUCUGGUUGUCAUCUCCAGUACCAAUCAGGUCCCUGCUGCCUGGGCCUCGGUGAUGUGGUACAACAUGCUGUCCAACGGUGAACAAAGGGAUCUGUCGCUGUUUCUCACACCUCCCUCACUCACCUGGGAGCAGCUGUCUCAGGUUCUGAGCUGGCAGUUUUUGUCCGCCGGCCAACUGGAGCUCAAUAAUGACCAGCUCUCCACGCUGAGAGACAAGUUUGUUGACAAUCCUGAUGAUCUUGUUCACUGGAAAGAUUUCUCAAAGUGUGAUAAGAACGAGUCCAGUGCCUGGUUUUGGAUAGAUGGGAUUCUGGAUUUGAUUAAAAAACACCUGGCGGAUAUUUGGCGGGAUGGGUCCAUCAUGGGGUUCGUGACCAGAACCAGAACAGAGGAACUGCUGAAGGCAAAACCGAAUGGCACAUUUCUGCUUCGCUUUAGUGAGAGCAACAAAGACGGAGCCAUCACCUUCAGCUGGGUGGAGCACUCCAAUGGUGGGACCCAAGUGCAUGCAGUCGAUCCGUACAUAAAGCAGGAGCUGUCAGUCAACUCUCUGCCUGACAUCAUUUACAACUACAGCCUGAAAGCUCAGAAGAACACCAACAGGAACCCUCUGCUCUACCUUUACCCAGAUAUCCACAAAGACACUGCCUUCAGACGCUACUACAGUGGAUCAGAAACAACAGCACCUAAAAACAGCAAGCAUGGAUACGUGCCCAAAAACUUCAUUCCUGUUUCAGAGAAUCCUACACCACCUCCAUCUCCCACUCGAGAGCUGGAAAUGAUGGACACGGACUCCCAGGACACUAGUAUGGAGCAUCAAAAACUGAUAAAGGAACUCUUCCCUGAUUUACUCUUACCCCCCUACCAUGGAGUCUGCACCCCAUCUCUCCAGUUCACCUCUGUGGAUCCUCAAAGUUUUGCCUGAUUCUGAGACAUUAAACCCGACUCAACACAUUUUCAGGCAGGUUUCAAAAUAUUAACAUUUUGUUCAUCAAGCUUGAGGAACAUUUACUGGACAAGGCGUCAGUAUUACAGCAAAAAAAAACUAAAACAAAGAGAAGUAAAAAUAAAAAUAUGCUGCCAAUUUAUCAAGAAACUCAAAUCUAUUCUAUGGAUUUAAAAAGUACCUGUCACUCACUCUACAUGACGGGCCCAUGGAGGAGGUGCUCUUUGUUUAUAGUGAUGGAACAAAUGUGUCAUACAAAUCUCAAGAUAAAAGCUGAUUGUAAAGAUAUGAAUUGGAUUUUUGAUUAGUCAUUAAACCUGUGUGCUGCAUCAUAAUACCUCUGUACUAGACCAGUUGAUUAGACCUCUGAUUUACAGGGGAAUUAAGAUUCUGAUUUAUGUAUUUAGUAUUUAGGGAAAUGUUUAGUUUUGUGGGAAAAUAUAAGAUGUUUGUCUUCCAAAAUGUUGGUGUUUACUGUAAUGUUGAUGACAGCUUUAAGUGAAGCAACAACGCCAUCUAUGGGUGUCACAUUUAUAUAGAGCAGUCAUGGUUAGUUACACUGUUUUGUGAAUGUAACCGGCAGCCUCUGGAUUAAUAGCAUAUACAUUGCUACGUCGUUGCCCGCCUAUUUAAUCUCGGGGUUUUACAAACAUUACAUUUACUAUUUUACUAAAGAUAAUAUUUUGCAUAAGCUUGAUCUGCCUUUCAGGAACAUGAAGUCCUGCUGCUGUAGUAAAACAAAAAUACAGUGCCUGAACUUCAGAGAUAUAUUUCCAUAUUUAUACCAUUGUUUAUGGUUAAAAUGUUUAAUAAAGUGUGACUGACUAAAUGUUUGUGUAUAUGUGAGUGUAAAAAAUAUAUAAUACUGUAUUUUUUAGAUCAAGAAAAGGGGAACACAUUCAGUUUUCUUUCAGUGUCAAAAAGUAUCGAGCUGUUUUAGAAAUCAUUAAAUAUCAAGUAGAAAA